UUUCCCGUCAUCAUUUUGCUUAUUUCAAAUAUUUACAAACUGCUACACUCAGCCUCAGUUUGUCGCCUCUCCAGCUUUUUUUUGUCUCCUCAGUUUGAACCAUCACAUCAAGGAAAACCAUGCAAUGUGAUGAGAAGUCACCAUCUCAUUGUCCUCAGUGUCCACCUGGAUCAGUGGGCAGGAGGGAUGUGGAGGUGCAAAGCAAGCAGUCCGGAGAUGAGAGGGUUGAGUUGUUGGUUAGGGUGAAAACAUCCACACCCGAAAUGUCAGUCGAGUUUUCUGCGUGUUUUUGCGAGGACAGUGAAGCUUGCAUGUGCAAAAAUGGCCUUUUUGACUCACCGUCACCGCUCAGUCUUUCACCAGCGACUGCUGCUGCACAAACACAGAUGCCGAGCACAAAGCCCAAGGCCAGGACGCUGGUAACAUGCAGGCAGCUGAGUGAUGGGAGCAAGGCGGCCUCUCUCAGGGACCAAUCUCCUCCGCCAUUGCUCAUACUCAAAGGGACUGCAAGUGUGAUGAGCACAGACCCCAGGGGGAUCCCUUCCAUUCGUGCAUUCAUCACGGACAACAAUGGUGUGUAUCACAGAUAUCUUUGCCUGCAGUUGGAGGAGAGGAAACAACAGAUAAAGAGGGAGAGAGGCAGCAAUGCUGUUGACGAGCAAAAGCACAAUGAGACCAUGCAGCACUCCGUCUGGGGGAUGCCAGGAAGUGGCGCCCCAAACUACCACCUGGGCACAGUGAAACGGACCAAAAGCCUCCACGCUGCCGGGAUUUUACCCCAGGAGCAGAUCCGUGAUAAAGGCUUCAGUGGGACCCCCUUCCGCUGCCUGUGAAAUGAAGACCACAACAUGCCCAAUCUGAGACCACUGAACACCACGGAGCCGCCAGACAAAUACUACUCUCUGACUUUUAUCUUCACGGGAUGAUAGUUUUGCAGCCAUCAACAGUUUUGGGCUUUUUCGGCAGCAAAUUUUGAUGGUGACAAAAUAAAAAAAUGCUGAAUGUAAAUUAAAAAA